UAGGCUUCAAAGUGUCGUGGCGCUGAAGUGGAACGGCGGAAGUUACUGCGUGGAUUCUCGAGAUUUUGCGAGAACUAACCGCCAAAUUUAAAACCGUCCCUCUUCACGAAAACACGGGGUGAAAGAACUGGAAAGAAAGUAACGUUUCUGUAGCAAUUUUCCGAUUAGCAUGCGAAAACAAUGGACUCGCACACAGAGGACAUAAUAGAACGAACAAAGGAGAGGAGGGAACUUCUGGCGAAGAAACUGGGCGAGACUCCAGAUCAGGGACCGAGGAAGCGCAGGACUCCGCUUGUAGAUGAUGUUACCCAAAAUAUGCCAGAAAUACAGAUUGACCAUGCUGAUGAUGAUUCUCCCAAACGUCAUUGUGCUCGAGGAAAGCUACAGGAGAUCAAACCAGACACUCCUGCCAUUAGCUCCGUCAAAUCACGCAUGAAUGCACUAGCCAGUCAGCGACAUCAGUGGUCGGCAGAAAGUGGUGAAGAUUCUGACAACUGUCCCCCUCAGGCCAGACGGGCUUAUGACCCACCUGCUGCAGAGGUGAGUUCUAACCCUCCGUCAAGGAAGAACCGGCUGGCUAAUCUGGCACAGACCAUCAACUGCUGGGAGGACGACCUCAGCCAUCCUACAAUCACGAAAGAAGAGCCUCAGAAACCAAGAUGGAAACCACCCACUAAACCAACUGAUGUGUCAGAAAAUCAGGAGAAUAUCCCAAGGCAAAGAGACAGAGAGUUGAGUGGCCAGCGAAACAAGGGGAGAGCACCUAACCCUCCAAGUCAGGCUCCAGUCAUGACCAAAUACCAAGCUCCACGUGCUCCACCAUUACCAACCACAACAGCUUCCAGUGAUAAAUGGUCAAGUGCACAAGCAGGAAAAUCACCUAGACCCCAGGAAGCUCCCAGCAAAACAACCAAGAUGGUCUCCCCUGCCAAACCGGUUCGCUACGAGAUUCGUCAAAGAGUAGAUCAAGCUCCAAUCAAUGAGCAAGAGUUACGUCGUUCACCGACAUCAGGAGAAGAAACUGAUGAACCAACAAAGAAACCUGUCAUGGAACGCAGGGCUCAAUGGGCACAGAAAACUACUGCCUCGCAAAAAUCUGUUGAUCCUAUCCAACAACCCAUCUCAGCAAGGUUUGCCAAAUGGGAGGAGAGAGUGUCCCAGACCCCAACAAAACCUGUGGUACCUCGAGCUCCAGCACCACAAACACCAAAGCAAUCUGUUCUCCCACAGAAAUUCUCAUCAGCCAGUAAGGCAACUGUUGCACCAUCACCAUCAACAAAGUUCAUUGGAGAAAAGAUGUGCAGCUCCGAGACAAAGUCAAAACCACGAGAGAGGGAGUCCGUCGAUCCUGCGAGCAAGCCAGUGUCUGAAAGAAUGGCAAAGUGGCAGAAGAAGGUAGACGGAGACAAAAUACAACCACAAGAAGACGAGCCGACUGCGUAUUCUGUGACUGCACGCAUGUCAGCCUGGGAACACUUGUCAUCUUCCAAUCAAGUCAGCCACGCCAAAAAAGUUGAACCUGGAAACUCUCCUGCUAAACCACCAACAAAAACGCCACCUUGUUCACCAGCGACCAAACCGAACACCUCAGCCAUCAAGCCAGCAACUGCGAAAGCAACCACAAACACAGGGGAAAAACAGACUCUAAAACCACAGAAAAGUUUCGCAGAAAGCAUCUUAGAGAAAGCUAAUGAAAUUCGCUCUCCAUCAGCCACCAUGGAGAAACCGCCCCGUUCACGACCGCCAAGUGCCCCCAAGGCAAAGACACCCCAGAAAGUCACAGAUGAUCCAGUGGAUGAACACAUUCCUGAAACUAAGAAGGUGCUGUCACCAACGAAUGCAAGUUGCGCAAUGAAGACGAUACACCAGCGUCUGAUGGAGCAGACGACUCACAGCACCCAGAGUCAGAGCAUGGCCGAGCGUAUGAGGCAGGAGAGGAUGCAGGAGCUGACAAAUAUACAGAACCGCUGGCAGAACGGUAUACUGAAGGAGGACAGCUCAGACACUGACCAACAUGACCAAGCACAGGCUAACAAGGACCACUCCCCACCCAAAAUGCAGAGACUCUCUGAUAUUGCCAAUUCAAAGGAGGCCAAGAAAGAUGCUAUCCGUGCAAGAGCCAGAGCAGAAAGUACCAGCAGUCAGGAGAGUCUUGAGGGUCGUCCCCACCCAUCAUCUGCAAGGAAGCCCACACCACCUGCCCCCAAAACACCCCAGUUCUCAUUGCCCACCAAAGGCAUUGAAAGGAAGCAGAACUGUACAGAGGGCAGUUUACUGCAAAUUGUCCGCAAGGGGUCAAAUGCGAAGUCUGCACCUCCGGUUCGGUCAAAAUUUGAUGACGGGUUUGAUAGUGAUGGUGGCGAGUCUACAACCAGUUCACGCCCAAAAAGCCAGUGCUCGAUUGACUCAGACGUUCUGGACACACAGGAUGAGACAGACCCAGGGGAAUCAGCCCCUCACUAUGGCAGCACAGGCACUUUAGAUUCAUUGGAUGCUGACAGCAGUUUUGAGCGUUUCAAAGGGGACUUUGAAGAGCCUUUGGAUGAUGCUGAUGUUAGCCUGAGUGCCUUUGUGCCGGCCUCUGUACGAAGACAAAGCGUCCUGCCAAACGCUGCAAAUGAGGGUGCACUUGAUCGCAAAAGCCUAACAAGCCAGAGCAGCGCUGAGGAUCUACAACCUGUACGCCAACAGGGUGGUGAUCGCUAUGUCAUCCACCGCAGUGUUAUAGAUGUGAAGAAGCUCAUGCAGAACGCUGGCAAUGUCCACAGCACCACCAGUCUGAACAGUAAUGUCAGUACUAACAGUGAAUCCUCUGUUGGGGAGACCUACGAGUCCAGACGAAGAUAUUACGGAGAGUCUGAAGGAACAGAGACAGAGGACGACGAUUGUCGUGAAGAGAUGGGAGAUUUCCUGGAUGAGGCCAUUGAUGAUAAAGCACCAGUGGCUGCUCCGCGGAAGCGGAGAAGUCACAUGAUGGCAACCAACAAUUCAAAUAGUGCUACAUCUGAAACAGACUGUCCUUUAGUGUACAGCAUCAGCAUGUAUAGAUCUAAAAGGUAUAACCGAGACACACGGCCACCUCCCCGUAUGGUGAUCAAGCGUUCUCAAGCACCUCAGGAGGUCGUGGAAGAGGACUUUGACAUGCCUGCUACUACCCAGUUCACUACCCAGGCUCAGAGGCAGACCAUCCACGAAAAGAUCAAGGAACUGACAGAGCUGGCUAACCAGGAACUGAGUGUGAUCAAGCAGACCAGCAAUGCCCUCAACCAGUGCUGUAUGGGCAACUCUAGCUUUGCUGGCUCUGCAGAACAGGCAGAAUGUAAUAGGCUUCUGCUCAUUUCAUCUCAGAGAAGGAUGGCGUACAUGUCUGAGAUCCAGCGACUGAAGGAUGAGAGGAGAGUAGAGGAAGGAUCCGGGGGACCCAAGGGCUCUCUUACCAUCAGCGAGAUUAGGCUGCCUCUGAAGAGAGAGUUUGUCACUAAGCUGGGCACUUCAGCCGAUAGCGCUGUUCAUUAUUUUAUCAUUCUGAUCCGUAAUGGGUCACGGAUCAUUGUCACCGAGAUGUUGUCAACCCACGACGAGAGGAUGAGGGGCAGCCUGGACUUCCCUAACCACAUCAACCUUAAUGACAUCACAGGGGACUUUGAGGUCCAGUUAGAGCUAUAUGGAAUGUCCAUUGUAAGGGAGGUGAACUUGAAAGACAAGAAGAAAGCUAAAACUCCAAAGAAGAAGAAGGAGUUACGACCAGUUCAGAGUCCUGGCGGUCCUAAUGCUGUGAUGACAUCCAGUUUCAAGCUGAUAGCUGUGUUACCUCUAUCCAUGAAGAUGAUGGACAAAGCCUGCUUCAAUCUUGACAAGGUUCCAUAUGUGUCUCCCAUAUACGGCACCAUUUACAUGAGACUGAAGUGUACCAAAGAGGCCAAUGUUCAGGAGAGAGGCUUUCUGACAAUGUUUGAGGAUGUGAGUGGGCUGGGGGCCUGGCACAGAAGAUGGUGUGUUCUCUCUGCCAACAAGAUCUGCUUCUGGAAAUACCCUGAUGAAGAAGGCAAAAAGGACCCCAUGGGCUUCAUUGAUCUGAAGCGUUGUAUCACAGAGAAGGUUGGGGUGAUGCCACGAGACAUUUGUGCCAGACAGCACACGUUUGAGCUGGUGACUGUGAGACAACCUCGUAAAGGCGAGCAGGAUACUCUGGUCUCCAAGACAUACAGCACAAUGACUACUCUCAAACACAUGUUAUCGGCAGACACAAAAGAGGAGCGAAUCUUGUGGUGUAACAAGGUGAAUCGGGCCCUGCUGAAUAUCCGUACAUGGCAUGCAGACGCUGCCCGUCCCUUCAAGCCACAGGCUGCUGCCAGGCGCUGAAAGGAGAGACAACUUCUACACCAUGAUGCACACCAUAACGUGCAUAACACAAUAUUACAGAUGUAAGGAUGUACAAUGAUGAUAUUUAUGGCUGAUACCGCCUUGGUCGAAGGGGGUUUGUUGAUCGUUUUAAUGUUAUACCCAACAUGUAUAUAUCAUAACAUAACAUUUACACCAAAAUGUGAGGCAAGCUCUAAAAUUAAAAAGUUGCUCUUUAGUGUGUUCUAAACUCGACAGCACUUGUUUGGGUGGUUUAAUCAGGUGUGAGGGGAAAAAAUGCAAUUUUAUAUAAUGAACAAAGCCGUGUUAUAAACAGAGCAAAACCUCACGAUCAAAAUCCCUAGCAGCAGGUAAAAUCAUACAUAUUGAACAAGUUAGGUUUAUAGGGCAAAUUUGUUAUGCUACGUGCUUAGAAAUGUAAUGACAUAGUGCUUAUCUUUUCUGUCUUGUGUUGGGGUUUUACUUGAAUUUUCUUAAUUAAUGAUAACAUCACAUGUAAACUUUGCUAAAAUUUGUUUUUUGGGUUUUUUUUUUUUUAAUUUGAUGUACAAACAUAGUUGUAAGAAUCACCAGUUGUAUAAUCCUACAAGUAACUAAUAUCUGUUACUCUAAUCAGGAUCAAACUUUCAAAGAUAGAACGCAAAAACAUUUCUAAAAUAAGUUGAUAGUAUACUAUUGAUAAAAAUAAACAAAGCUUAUUUAAACAGUGUGUUAACAAUACUGCAUGUAAGUACCAGUGAUGAUUUGUGAUGGUUAGGAUGGAUGACAGAAACACAGUUAAGAUGUGAUUUUGGUAACAUGCCUAUACAGUAGUUACAUAUUCAUUACAGUUGUCUUGAAAACUGCAUAAUUUACAACACACAUCACAUAUUCCAUUUUACUUAUUUAAAAUUAUAAUAUAUACUCAAUGCUUACUUUUUACAUGAUAAUCUACCACAGAUGUCACUUUCAUUUUUUUUUUUAAUGUAAAAUUUGAUUACAAAGUACAACGAUGUUGUCAUAUGUGGAGCUAUGUUUGAAAUAACCACAUGGGUGUUGUUUUUAAUCAACAUCAUUUUUAUUGUUUAGCUUUUUUUAUCAUUGAAUAUUGUCAUUCUUUAUGUAGCAAUAUUGAAUCAUGUCGGUGAUUAUUGUGUGACGAUGAUAAAGCGUUAGUACAUUUUCAUCUAAAAUAUUAUUGAUUAUCGGAAGGUUACUGGUACCAACUAUAAGUACAUGUAUAUAAAUAAACAAACUAGGGGAUUCAUUAUUUUUUUAGAGGCUAGAGGUUCAUGGUGCACUUGUUGUCAAAGGUCUGAAUGAGAAGUUGAUAGAUGCCAAAAUGGGAUAGUUUCUUGUUUGAUACCACUCGCUGUAACACACUAU